GAGAUUUUUUUAUCGGGAGCCAGAGUGUGUGUGAAUAGAAUUGUAAUUUUUCAAUUAAACAAAUUGGCCAUAAUAAAACUAAGUUAAAAGUUCAUUAAAGUGCCAAACAACAAAUUGCAAUGCAAAAACGGCAGAGUUUGCACGAACCAGAUAGAAAAAUGCCUAGAAGUUGAAAGAAAUUAAUAAAAUUGUGAAAUUUUUUAUAUGAUACAUCAUAGAUACAUCCACCAUUUUUUAUUUUCAUCUUAUUUUUGUUUACUUUUUCUGUUGGACAUUCGUCGUACAAAAAUAAAACAGAAGACGGGGAAAAAGUCAAAUAACACAAAUUUGCUGUGUUGCACUUUGUGAAUGGGGUAAAUUGAAAAGAAUAAAAAAAUAAACUAGAAUUGAAAUAUUAUAAAAGCAAUCGAAAGCAAGAAACAAAGAAAUCUGGUGAAAGAAAACGUAUUAAAUUCUAAUUAUACCAAUUAAUUGUGAUAGAAAAACAUGAAGAAUUAAAAACAACGAAACUUAAACAGAACUAGUGAUAAUGAUUUGAGUGCAUUUGUGUUGGUAAAGCUUUUAAAUAGAUCCUUUUAUGGUCUAUGGCUAAAAUAUGGCACAUGUUAAUAGUGGUGCUAUGGCUACAGGUGGUGGUAGCUCAGGCGUAGGAGGUGGCGUUAGUAGUGGCGGAGGUGGUGCAGGUAUUCCAUCUAAUCUUAAUACUCAUGCCGUUGUGGUAUGGGAAUUUGAAUCACGCGGUGGCAAAUGGUUGCCCUAUACGCCUGCCGUAUCACAACAUUUGGAACGUGCUCAUGCCAAGAAAUUGACGCGUGUUUUACUCAGCGAUGCCGAUCCCGAAUUGGAUAAGUACUAUGUCAAUGUUAGGACAAUGACGCAAGAGACUGAAGAUGGUUCAAGCCGUUCUAUGGCGGGUGUGCGGCGUAUGUUUUAUACACCCACAUCACCGGCCGGUAAGGGGACAAAAUGGGAAUGGGCUGGGACGGCUUCGGGCGAUUGGCAUCCCUACAAUAUGCAUGUUCAGUGUAUCAUUGAAGAUGCCUGGUCUAAGGGCGAACAAAUACUUGAUUUAUAUGGCACCUCCAGUCUUCCUUAUACCAUAAAUUUUUGCAAUUUAACACAAACACGACAACCAAGUGGUCCCAUACGAAGUAUUAAACGUACUCAACAAGCUCCAUAUCCAUUGGUUAAGCUAACCCCGCAACAGGCUCAACAAUUAAGUGUACAAACAAAUUACUCCGAGUAUGGCCACAAAAGAAACAACACUUUACCCAAAUUAGCGGCCAAGUCGCAUACUGACAACAAUAACAAACAGCAGCAACAACAGCAUCAGCCCCACUUACAACGUUUAAAUAAUAAUGCGGCUUUUGCUCUUAAUAAUAGCAGCUCAAGUCGUCAACCACAAUCUUUACCACAUUCUCACAGCCAUACUCAUACGCAUAACCAACAUACCCACCAGCAGCAGCAGCUGCAGCUGCAGCAAAACUCAUCUCAUACAGCACCUGUACAACAACAACAGCAGCAGCAACAGAGCAAUCGUAAAACCACUAAACGUAAUGGUGAAUUAUCAACUGCGAAUUUAAGGCAAAUUUUAAAUAACCUCAAUAUAUUCGGUAGCAGUAGUUCAAAAAAUCACCACCAACAACAACAACAACAGCAGCAACAACACCACAAUAUCUCACCGCAGCCCACAAACGCAUCCAACAACUCGAAUCAUCUUCAGACGCAGACAAAUCAUUUACAGCCAUUUUCACAUUCCAGCAAUGUUUUAACCUCCUCUAUGAGCAGCCAUCAUAGUCGUUGUUCUGAGGGUUCAUUACAAUCGAAACGCAGCAGUCGCAUGAGUAUGCAUCGCUCACGUUCUCGCACCCGGGCCUCAGACACCGAUACGAAUAGUAUGAAAUCGCAUCGUAGACCCAGCGUUGACACCGUCUCCACUUAUCUCAGUCACGAGAGUAAAGAAAGUCUACGUAGUCGUAAUUUUGCCAUAUCAGUCAAUGAUCUGUUAGACUGUUCCUUGGGUAGUGACGAAGUGUUCGUGCCUUCGUUGCCCGCCUCCUCAACCAUGUCUUCCAUUUCGUCUUCCUCCUCGAUGAUGACAGCAGAAAGGGCCCCUGCGCCGCCACCUAUACCCUCAUCAGCUGGUGGUUCUAUUACUGUGGCGGCGUCUGGUACGUCGUCUUCUCAGCACUCAUCAUCAAAUCAGCAGCAACAGCAACAACAGCAGCAGCAUCAUCAAUUGCAACAGCAGCCAAUUGCUGGCUCGAUUGUUGGUGUGGAUCCUGCCAGUGAUAUGAUCUCACGUUUCGUUAAAGUCGUUGAGCCCCCUGUGUGGCCCAAUGCUCAGCCCUGUCCCAUGUGCAUGGAGGAGCUGAUUCACAAUGCCCAAAAUCCGGCAAUCGCUUUGAGUCGAUGCCAGCAUUUAAUGCAUUUACAGUGUUUGAAUGGCAUGAUUAUAGCACAACAAAAUGAUUUGAACAAGAAUCUCUUUAUCGAAUGUCCCGUCUGUGGCAUUGUUUAUGGUGAGAAAAUUGGCAAUCAACCGAACGGCACAAUGUCAUGGAGUAUUUUGAGUAAAAAUCUACCCGGUCAUGAGGGUCAAAACACCAUACAAAUCGUCUAUGACAUUGCUUCCGGCAUACAAAAUCAAGAACAUCCACAUCCAGGACGGGCUUUCUUUGCUGUAGGAUUUCCACGUGUAUGCUAUUUGCCCGACUGUCCAUUGGGUCGUAAGGUUUUGCGAUUUCUUAAAAUCGCCUUUGAUCGCAGACUGUUAUUUUCGAUUGGACGUUCGGUGACCACGGGACGGGAAGAUGUUGUCAUUUGGAAUAGUGUUGAUCACAAGACGCAAUUUAAUAUGUUUCCAGAUCCCACCUAUUUGCAACGUUGCAUGCAACAGCUGGUGCAUUUGGGUGUUACCGAUUAAAUGACAUUCAAUUCAUUUAUUUAUUUAAACAUUUCAUUGUUUUCAAUUUGUAUUAUUUUUUUUUUGUAUUCUUUAUUUAAAUUUAGUUUUGCUAACAAACAUCUAAUGAGUGCAAUGUCUCGAUUCAUUAAAUCAAAUGACACAUACAUUUUUUUACACAUCCCCAUCAUACACAAACACAUUUCAACACCCACCAGUUUGAGCAACUCAAACUUUAAAAUGAACUGAAUUGGAAAAUUAAAUAAACCAACAACAACAGAAACAAAUAAUAAUAUACUAGAGCAAUAAGACUAGAUUUUAGCGUAGCAAUAAAAUCCACAAAAAACACAAUUCCAUUAAGGGAUAAAUUUAACAAGCAGAAACAAUAAAAGUUAAAAGUGUUUAGUAAAUAAUACUACAAAAUAAAAUUUAAAAAAA